AUGGGUGAGUCCAGUGCAAGUGGUACCCAAGAAAUCCGAAUUACAGUAGUAAAGAAUGAACACAAUGAGCUCAUACCUCAGAGGACAGUCACGGGUUGGCGGGUUUGUAUUGACUAUCGGAAGCUCAACAGUGCAACCCGAAAGGAUCAUUUUCCAUUACCCUUCAUUGAUCAAAUGCUUGAGCGACUUGCAGGCCAUAGUCAUUAUUGUUUUCUUGAUGGGUAUUUAGGGUAUAACCAAAUUCCGAUAGCUCCAGAAGAUCAAGACAAAACAACAUUCACUUGUCCCUUUGGCACUUUUGCAUAUCGAAGAAUGCCUUUUGGUUUAUGCAACGCUCCAGCAACCUUCCAAAGAUGCAUGAUGAGCAUAUUUUCAGAUAUGGUGGAGAGGUUUAUUGAAGUGUUUAUGGAUGACUUCACAAUUUUCGGUUCCUCUUUUGAUCAGUGCCUCCACCAUCUUUCAUUGGUGCUCCAACGGUGUCAAGAAACCAAUUUGAUCUUAAAUUGGGAAAAGUGCCACUUUAUGGUAAAAAGGGGAAUAGUUCUCGGCCAUAUGAUCUCCUCUCAAGGCAUUGAAGUAGAUAGAGCCAAGGUGGAGCUUAUUUCGAAGCUUCCCCCUCCAACCUCAGUCAAAGAAGUUCGCUCCUUUCUUGGACAUGCAGGUUUUUACCGACGAUUCAUCAAGGAUUUCUCGAAAGUCACAAAACCCUUGUGUGAUUUGCUUGCUAAGGAUUCUAUUUUUAACUUUAAUGAAGAGUGUUUGACAGCUCUCGAAACUCUCAAGAAAGAAUUGACCAAGCCCCUAUCAUAA